CGGUGGAUCUUGCUGACGUUUCGUGAUCUUUAGCGUACCGAUCGCGGCGGAACGCGAUGGUUUUCCUUAUCAUCGCAAUCUUUCGUGAUUGAAAUUUGAAGACCCCCCGGCAUAAUUGGUGAUCAUCAAGACUCUUGAAGAUCUUUCAAGCAUCGUGUAAAAGUUACACUUAUUGUGCAGAGAUCUGUAGCUUGUUAAAAGUUUUAAUUGGGCAGUAAAGUUUACCACGCUUACCAUAGUCAAGAACCCCACGGGGUGUUCACUACACAUACGGUGAUACAGAACAGGGGACCGAGUUCGGAGGAAACAAGGAUCGACGUUAUUCUGUGUCUUUAGUUGAAAGAAUGGCUGGGACGUCGUGUGCAGGGUUUUUCAAGGAUUUGUGGGCAUUACGGAGUAUAUUCCUCAUCCUCAUCGCUUUCCUGGUCCCCAUUGGUUUCCUCCUGGAUGGCUCGCUGGAGUCAAAAUGUGCCUACGUCAUGGUUUCCAUGGCGAUCCUAUGGUUUACAGAGGCGUUACCUAUCACUGCCACAGCCAUGAUGCCGAUGUUUCUCCUGCCCUUACUGGCUGUCCAGCCCGGAAAGGUGGUCUGUGGAAACUACUUCAAUGACACCAGUAUGCUGUUUCUAGGGGGACUGAUAGUGGGCGUUGCUAUGGAGGAGGUCAACCUUCACAGACGUAUAGCCAUGGGAAUCACUAUUCUUUUGGGCUCAAGUCCAAACACAAUGAUGCUGGGUCUGAUGCUCCCUACGUGGUUCCUGUCCAUGUGGAUCAGUAACACAGCAGCUACGUCCAUGAUGCUUCCCAUCCUGAUAGCUGUCUCCGAGCAGACGACGAAGUUUGGGGGCGACAGUGAAGGUGACGGAGCAAAUACAUUCAAAUCAAAUGGUACCACUGAUGUUCAAGAUAUUCAAUUAACAGAAGUAGAACAUGGAAAUUCAAAAGUGGAACCCCCUCUGCAGUACAAAGGCGAGAAAAGCAAACCCAGUAAAGGAAGUGUGCUUCUGAAUAAAGGAUUUACUCUGAGCGUGGCAUACGCAGCGAACGUCGGGGGAAUCACAACGCUUACUGGCACGCCUCCCAACCUCGUUCUUCAGGGACAGGCUGACAAACGUUACCAAGACUACGGAGCUGUCGACUCCGGAAUAACGUACGCCAACUGGAUGGCGUUCGCUUUCCCUAUGUCACUCAUCAUGUUGUUCCUUACAUGGUUCUGGCUCCAGAUCGUUUUCAUUAGGUGUUGGUGCUGUAAGGCGGCUGAUAAGAAUAGACAAGCAGAGCUGAAGGCCGUGGUUCGCCGGGAGUACAAUAAACUUGGACAUAUUAAGUUCGGCGAGAUCAUGGUCCUAGUAAUGUUUAUAAUACUCGCUCUACUGUGGUUAUUCCGUGAUCUACCAGACAUCGGAGGCUGGGGAGAUGUUUUCCUUGAUGCAGCCGGGAAAAGUACAGUGAGAGAUUCCACGGCUUCAAUCCUUGUUGCAACCCUACUGUUUGUACUACCGAAAAAGUUACCAAACGUAUUCUGCUGGAACGGCCCGUCAGACUCUGAGAAGUCAAGCAGACCAAGUUACACGCCUAUCCUCACGUGGCAUGUUGCCGAGAAGAAGGUCGCUUGGGGCGUUCUUGUCCUGCUCGGUGGAGGGUUUGCUUUGGCCGACGCUUGCACCACUUCCGGUCUAUCCCGAUUGGUGGGAUGUGAGCUGAGGGUGCUGAAGGGCCUGGAUCCCUGGGUGAUGAAUAUGGUUUUAUGUUUUAUUGUAGCAGGCGCUACCGAGAUCACCAGUAACACGGCUACUGCCUCCCUCCUCAUGCCCAUCAUGUUUGAACUGGCAAUAACUGUGGGGAUACACCCUCUGUAUUUGAUGAUGUCGGCCUGUAUUGCAUGUUCAUUUGCCUUCAUGCUUCCGGUCGCAACGCCUCCAAACGCUAUUGUGUUCUCAACAGGAACUGUGAGAAUACCGGAUAUGGCAUUGGCGGGCAUCGUUCUGAACAUGAUAGCAGUAGGAGUGCUGACGCUCGCCAUCAACACAUGGGGCACGGCUAUAUUCAAGCUGGACACUUUCCCGGAGAUAUUCUUAAAUUCAACCAAAGCGUCGACGUGUCCUGGCGCAGCAGCGAUCUCUGUUAUAGAUACGACCGUGUCCUUGCUUAACUCGACUUUGCCUAGUAUAGCGCCAUAGAAAAACAGACUUAAGAAAGGUCGAUAAAGAAAUGUGAAUUGCGUCUAUGAGACUAUCACAAUAUUAUUAAGAAGGAGGUUAGGAUAGCCACGUUAUUGGCAACAUGGCAUAGAGAGUGUGACUGGAAUUGUAUACUGACUGCAUAUAGAAUCCUAUUUAUACGUGGUUUCCUAUAGAUACCAGUUUCCAAAACAAAAGCCAACCGAUUUGGCAACUCGUUAGACCACUUGGGGGUAUGUAUAUUUUCGAUGUGAAAUCUGUAAAAUGCCAAAGUAUUUCUUUUGGUAAAUUUGGAGGAGAAUGGCUGAAAUCUCAAGUUCUUCAUGACAGGUGUAUCUAAUGACUAGUAUCCUAUCGUUUUUGGGAGAAGACGUUGUUAAAUUGUUAUAAAUUGUGCCUAAUCCCUUGUCUACUUUUGGCAAUAAAUAUGUUUAAACUAAAUCCUAUCGUUGGAUAUGCAGUCUUGAUAAGCACACCAAUGUUUUUUUCAUAUUGUUGUGUACAGCCGUCCAAAUGUUUACAUUUCUCCUUAGCAUGUGAUAUUGAUAUCUAAAACCCGGUCGAAUCGGGAGAGAAAGAACAUUUCGAAAAAGACGAGUAAACACCUUAUACUUCACAAAGACGUUAUCAUUUUAGUCGACCGAAAAACACCAUGCCAUUGUAUUAAUCCUAAAGAUAUGUGUUCUCAUCGAGAACGUAUCAGAUUCAAUGUUUGUUAAUAUUUAGUUUCAAUGAUAAUGAUGGUCAAACAUGUGGAUGUAAAAUCGAACAAAGAUGUGUCGCUAGAGUUGAUUGGUUGUCUGUACACUGUAGUGACGUCAUAACUUUUUUGUAAUGUUCACAAUCAUUACGGCUGGUCAUUAAUUUGCACUGGAAAUAUGGAUACUUCGGUUCACGAAAAAAAAAGCCGGUAUUUUUUUCCCCCGGAACAUAGAACCUCAUUCCAUUUUUGUUAUGUUUUAUUGGUAUUGACUUAGGAAAAUAGAUGAAGUCUGGUGGAUGUGUUGAUUUUUGACGAUUAAUAUUUUUUAAUUGAAUAAAGCUACACAAUAGGAGUAGAAUGGUCUACGAAGUUUAAUACCUGUUUACAUGUACAUGGCAUUGUUCAAGGGAAAGUAAUCAUAUUUAAGACAAACGUCUUUGUUCCAGACAUAAUGACGGUGCUGAAAACAGAUUGACGGUGUUCUAAGCAAAGACUAUGUGUGUUCCAAACAUACAUGUAUGUUGCUCAAGACAAAUUGACGUUUUCAAACGAAGUGACGACCAUGUUCAAGAAAAUGCGUAUGGUCUAGUCGGACAAAGAUAAUGAGUUCAUGAUAGUGCUAAUGAAAAUUGAACGUUUCAGACGAAGAAGACGAUUAUGAUCAAGACAAUUUCUGUAGUCCAGACCGACAACAAGUUCAAGGCAAGUCUCAAGACAAAUUGACGUUUUCAAACGAAGUGACGAAAAUGUGUUCAGGACAGAAUAACCGUAUUCACGACAAAAUGACAGUGCUCAAUUCAAAGUUACCGGGUUCAAGAUAGACAUCUGUGUUCAGGACAAAGUGUCUUUGAUCCGGACAAAGAGUGUAAAAGACAAAGUAACCGUGCCAAAGACAAUGUUUGUAACAAAGUGACAAACGUUAUCAUGACAAAAUGCCUACGUUCUGGACAAAGUAAUUGUGGUCAAGCAAAUGUGACUGCUUUAAGACAGAAAAACUUAUUUUGUUCAGGACAAAUCAACAGUGUUCAAGAGCAAGUGAUUGGUCAAAAGAAUGCAUUUGUGUUCAAAGACAGUCUAUCAGUGUUUUCGACAAAGUUACCGUGCUCAAGCCAAAGUUUCUAUGUUUAAGAUUCAAUAAAAAAUCAAAACAAAACGUACGUUUUCAUGACGAACAUAAUGUAAUUUGAACAAAGUGAUUGUUUUCCAGACAAAUGGACAAUGUUCAAGACAAUUUGAUUGCGCUCAAGAUAAAGUUGUAUUGUUCCUUUUUGUUUUGCAAACGUCAUGCUGAAUUUUUGUGAUGUUAGCAUGUUAGCAUUGCAAAUCUUAUUACAUUACAUAGUGUAAAUUUUAAAUUUGAUAAAUAUAUAUGAAAAAUAUUUUUGUUUUAAUGACCAAGAUUUAAAUAUGACAGCAGAAAUAUUUGUGUUACAUUGCAUGUGUUGAAUUGAUUGAUCUAUUGUAACACAGCUUUGUAUAUAAUUUUUCACUGCUAUUACUUUUGUCUGUUCUUUUAAAAAAAUGUUAUGAAUCUGGUUUUUAAAUGAUUAUAUAUACUAAAUUCAAAAAAUUAUGAUUGCUGUCUAAUUUGUUUGAAUAAGUACUUUAAAUAUGUGUCAAAAAAAAAAAAAUAUGAGAAAAGAUAUUGUUGAAUAACUGACCUGAAAUGUUCUUAUGCAUUACAUUCGUGUACAACGACCCGGAAGUGUAUUUGUGGUCUGAGGCCUGUAUAUUGCUGUGCAUUUUGAAUUUCACAUUUUUGACUUUGUAUCUUGUAUUGUAUAUUAAAGACUAAGUUGUAAAAAAAGAAUACAAAAAUUGUUGAAAAUGAUAUAUAGAGAAUAAUGCAUGGCUUUUCCCAUAUCACACCAAGUAUCAACCCGACACUGCAAUAUCAGCCCAAGGGCCUUAGGCUGAUAUUGGUCGAGGGUUGAUACUGGGUGUGAUAUGGAAAAAGGC